AACUGUGAACUGCAUCCAACCAGCCAUCCACCUCCAUCAUUGUACUUCACCUGAUGUACAUCACAUGUAAUAAGUAAUGGGAGGAGGAAAUCAGUCCUGAAAACUCGACAUCAUCACCAUUAUCUUCUCCUUAAGAUGAGACAUGGACAUAAUAAAUGCGAGUUUGCGAAGGAGAAGAAUCGUAGCAGGAAAACUCGUGUUCUUCUUUAAUGCCGUUUCAUUUAAUUGGAUUGAGAGUGAGUGAUGCACUACUGAGAUUUGUUCUCGUGGCCAAGAUAAAACUUGCUUAACGGACGAUAUACACAGAACUAGAUAGUUGGUUGCUUAUUAUAUGAAUACUUAAUCCACCUCCAAUUUGUGGCUGGGAGGAUUCGUAUGUAUAACUGCACUACUUCCACUACUUUUUUGGACUGGUAUCUUCUCUUACAAGGUUUUGACACGAUCGGUCAGGACGCCCGCCUCCUCCUCCUCUCGAGAUGAAGAUUCUGUCAGAACCAAUAAUCACGACAAGAUUCGUGGCUAAAUUUGGGUUUAACUGAGUGAAAAAGAAGGCAAAAAUAUGGUCCAAUUCUCGCCAUUUUUUUCGCGACGAGGUGGAGGAAAUCUGCACAGAAAGUACCACCACCAAUUCAAGUUUAAGGGCACCCUGACCCUCACGGUGGCCCUGCUGGUUUUUAUCGCCGAGACCAGGUCGUCGCCAGUCCGCGCGGAAUUUCUGCGACCUAAAAGAGACGCGCCGAAUGCAAAUUUUAACUCGAUGAGCCUCUCCAACAAUAAUCAGACAGCUUUUCCGAACAGUAUUAAAAAUGGGGGGAACAGAUUGAGUAGCAGACAAGUGGAGGGGAAUCCGCCCCUCGAGUAUGGCCAACUUGUCAUCCUUGCUCAGGAGGAGGCCAGGUGCUUGCAGAACUUUGGAGCUCAACCAUACUCCACACCUGCACCACAAUUCAUCACGAAGGACGUUUACAGCCCGUUCCUCUGCAGCAAAAACUCGGACAACUUUGCCAAAUGUGAAAUUUGUCGAAACCUCACUCUUCGAGUUCGAAGCAGAGAUGAAUGCGUGGCAUUUUGUACCUUUUCGGAUACCUCGUUCUGCCAAAAUUUGUGCUUCUCCAUAAAUAAAGCGGUCCUUGACGGUGCUCAGCUUGCCAAUGAAGACGCUCUCACGAGAAGAUCCUCUUCCUCGCCCACAUCUCAAGGUGAUGAUGACCAUGAAAUCGAAAUCAACAACAAAACCAUCACUUCUCAUUCUCCCGUUUUCUCCCAAACCCCGCAAGUUUUCUGCGAAGGCGUUUCCGAAAAUAAUGCCGUUGGCGGGGGGAAAUCUGGUGGCGGAAAUCUGGGCCUAAUUUCCACAGAAGAUGGGGAAACGGACAAGUGGGACAACACAAUGGAAAUUACCAAUCACUUCGUCGUCCUCAAGUGGGACGCGAGGCAACAAUGGAGAAAGGCAAAGGCGGAGGGAGGAGGAGAAAGUGGUGACGAAGAUCGUGAGGAGAACUUCCGUCACCCGAAUUCCUCAUCGAGACAUCACAAUGGUCCCGUUGUCUUCGUGAUUGAAAAGUAUUCUGGGAGAUCAAAGGAGUGGAAAGCACUGGGAAAGACGCUGUACAACCUUCAACAAAUUAAUGUCACGUUCCUCUCGGAUACUUACAAAUGGCGGGUUACAGCCGUUUCUCCGUCCGGAUUUAUGGACGAGGUCACCUCUUCCAGCUACGUUACGUUAAACGGAUACGUCAAACCUGGACCCCCUCGUUCAAUCUAUGUGGUUAAAACGAUCCCUGUUGACAGCAACAGUUCCAUUGUUAACGUUCUGAUCGGUUGGGAUCCACCUCAAGAGAAAACCUGUUACUACAAAAUUGUCCUGGAGACUCACGAAGGAGCCGAAAAACCCAUCAGAAUUAAAGAACCACUCGGAGUGCAUCAACACUGGUUCACUUUGCAGGCCGGGACACAAUACUCGAUCCUCAUUACGUCCCGAGACCGGAGUUGGGACCAGUACUCGGAAAGCAAUUUAACCCGGCUGGACUUUAAAACUCCGACUUGUCUGGAAUCCUACAACUACCGGUUUGAUAAAUGCGCGCCCCCACCGCCGCGAGGGAUUGAGACCAAGAUUCAAGAAAAUUCCGACGACAGUAAAACCGUCCGCGUUCUCUUGACGUGGAAGCCGCCCCAAAAUGCGUCCGACUCGAAUCCAAUCCUCCGCUAUAACGUGACCAUUUCGCGGUUAACGUUUAAAAGUGGGGGCGGUGUGACCGGACUGAUGUCGUCGGCGGCAUCUUCCUCAGCCAGAAAUCAUCUCAACCUGAAUGGAACUUUCCCCUAUUUGAAUUUCAGCGGGUCCACUUUCACCAAACUGAUGCGACCCUCGCCCAACGCGAAUUCCAACUCCAACUCGACAACCGUCUCAGGGAAUGUAACCCAUCUCAAGUUUCAUGCAUUAGAAGCCAAUGCAGAAUAUCAAGUCGUGAUUCGUGCCGUAUCUUAUCGUGGAUCUUCUAAGCCGGCUCAACACCAUCUCGUCACACGAAUAGUUAAAGACCCCCCAGUCGCCUCCCCACUCAGCAACUGGCUCUACCUCGCCAUCCCGGUCUGCAUCAUGAUGCUCAUCCUCGUCGCAUGCAACAUGGGACGAGUUUACCUGCACAAGAGACAAGUCAAAAUUGCACGCAAUCAAUAUUUCCAGUCGAUGGAGGAACGCGACGCAUUAUCGGCGGACUGGUCUAUCGUCCCCUUGACGGAGGAGACCUCGACGUGGAAACUGUUUGACGACAACUUUCCCAAGGAUAAGUGGGAAAUAGUGUCGGAGAACUUAAUUAUGGGGGAGGUAAUUGGUCAAGGGGCUUUUGGCGUGGUGAGACGUGCGAAAAUUCCGAGACGCAAAUUACAAGUCAGCACUCUCAAAUAUUUGGACAAAGCCAGCCCCCGCAUGGAUGCAGACAGGGCGGACGCGGAUAUGGAAACGGUGGCUGUCAAAAUGCUAAAAGUUUCCGCAACAGUGGAGGACAGAGAGCAACUUGUCAAGGAAAUCAUGACGAUGCAAUCGUUAGGCUUUCAUCCGCAAAUUGUAGGACUUAUCGGAGCCUGCACGAGAGGAAGGUCACUCAGCCUCGUGUUGGAGUAUUGUUCGGGCGGAGAUUUGCUAACUUUUAUCAGAAAGGUGCGAUCCAAAUACUGGCCAACUUUGGGCUUAUCGGAUGCCAAGAAAACCUCGUCGGCGAGCAUGUCGAGAGAAAUGAGUUGUCGGACAGGCUCCGGGAGUGGGGGGAGCGGUGGGGCCCGAAUAAAAAAUUUAAAUUCCGCCGACUGCUGCAAUAACGAGAGUGAAGACAAUUCUCCCAUAAAUUAUGCAGACCUUGAGCACUUUUCGGACUAUUCGUCAUCCCCGAAAAGUGAACACCAGGGAAAUCCCCUCCAAUCGGGGGAAAAAAACAGCCCGACCGGCCGUCAAAGUCCGCCAGGGAGUCAUCCCUCGCAAAAUGAGGAGGAUGAUGAUGACGACUUUCGGCCCAUUGAUGAAAAGGAUGUUCUCUCCUACGCGAGGCAAAUUGCGAUGGGAAUGGAAUAUCUCGAAAAGAACCGGAUCGUGCACCGGGACCUCGCGUGCAGGAACUGUCUUUUGAUGGGGGACCAUAAACAAGUGAAGCUUUCAGAUUUCGGCCUCUCUCGAGAUAUCUACACGUGGAACGUCUACCAUCAAAAGUCAAAUGGAAAAUUGCCAAUAAAAUGGAUGGCCAUCGAGUCCAUUUUUACUCACGUGUUUACAACCAAGUCGGACGUAUGGUCGUAUGGGAUCCUUCUCUGGGAGUUGGUAACGCUGGGAGGAACGCCGUACCCCGGCUUGGGCAACACCGAGUUGUUUCACCUCCUUAAAUCCGGCUACAGGAUGGAACGCCCGGACAACUGUUCGGAAGAAUUAUAUGCUUUAAUGAAGAAAUGUUGGAGGACUUCACCCUCCGCGAGACCAAAUUACACCGAACUGCGAAACUACGUGCAAACCAUGAUGGAAACGAAGGAGCCGAAUCUCUACCUUUCCUUGAUGGCUGACAUUCCCUCCGAUUACUUCAGAUUAGGUUCAAGAUCUGACCUACUCCAAAUAAACGAAACCACCGAUGGCAGCGUUGAUCUCUAUAAUGGAAGCUGUACCUCCAACAAUGGCGGGACUGGGUCCACCCGUCACUCCAAAAAAUAUGCGGGUUACCACAACACCAACACGACAUAUCCCGCCACCUCCACCUCGUCCACCACGACCACGCCGACCCAGCGCCACAAUCCUAUAUCCUGCUCCUCCUCCUCCUCCGGCGGCGGGAGUGGCGGAGCCCCCGUCGACCUCCACAGUUCCAGCGGCAGUGCCAAAUACAGUACGAAAAGCGGUGGGGAAACAUCCCGCCCAGGAUAUUCCCGCAGUAACAGCAUCACAAGUAGUAGCACGAAUGGGAAAUCUAGCGCUAAUUCGAGCGGGAAAUUCACUCUGGGCAGCGUUCCCGAAAAACGUUCAAAUAUUCGGGGUGGCGGUGACGAUGAAACUGACACCUUCCUCAUGACGGAUUUAUCCCCGCCGAAUUCUUCCCCCGAUCUGGAUCCCGAACCGGAAAGUUCGGAAACGUUAAAUAAUAAUAACAAUUUAAGCAAAGAACCGAAUAAUCGGGUCGAUCCACCCGGUGACGAGGACGACGCCGGGCAUCAGCGUCCCCCUCGGCGUCACCCGCCACUCCAAAAAAUGAAAAAAUCCCGCUCCACGACCGAUUUUGACGGGGGGUUAAGUCGGGGGGACAGUUUUAUGUCGAGAAGCCCCACGAAUCCGGGGGGAUCCACAUUACGCGGUGGGGGGACACCUCCUCCUCCCCCCCUGCCGCCGUCCAACUCGGCAACCUCGCUCCAGUUUCCAUACCCUUUUAGACAAGUUAAUAAUAUGACCAUUAUUGAAAAUAAGACUUAUGGCUUGACUAACAAUUAACAAUGUUUGGGAAGGGUGUUACCACAAUUUGGUGAUAAAAGUGUUACCAAAAUUUGGUGAAAAAGUGUCACCAUAAUUUUCAUAGAGCUUCAUUUCUGCCAAAAUACUCGUACAUGUAUUUAUUACAAUGUUAAUCUCGCUCGAAGGGGUCGAGGGAUGCACACAGGAAUAUUUUUUAAACAUUUUUAUCAUUAUUUUAUAAAAUUUUUGGAAACUUUUGUGAUUAGUUUGGUGUGAUGGAUAUCAACAGAUAACUAGAUACUCGUGCGUACCUUGGUAAGCUAGAUAAAAGAGAGCUAUUUAUAAAGUACUUAUAUUCCCGUAUGAAUAAUCGACGAGUAGGAAAUUUACGUAGUUUUUUGUAGAAUCAGAAUUUCGCACAAUUUUUCUACAAAUCUCGUAAAAAGUUUUCCAGAAUUAUCUGAAUUUUUUCAGAUUUUUUUCAGAAUUAAUUGGCCAGAAAUCAAUCCAAUUCCUUUAAAAAUUUUCCGAAACGCUAUUUGUUUCUUGAAAAAUCAUAUAAAAUAAUCUGCCAAGUAACCUUUCAGAUUUUUUGUAGACUAUUAUUUUCAUAUUGGCUAAACAUUUUCAGUAGUUCAAAAAACAUUGACUAAUUUUUUGUAAAUAAUUUUAAAAAAUCUGCCACGAAACCUUUCAGAUUUUUUUCGGACUAUUAAUAUUAUCUGAACCGUAGUUCUUCUAUUAUGCAAAAACGAAUCGGCUAAUUUUUUUGAAAAUAAUAUUUUUAAAAAUCUGUCAGAAAACCUUUCAGACUUUUUUCAGACUAUUAACAUUACCCGAACCAUAGUCCUUCUAUUCUGUAAAAAUUGGCUAAUUUUCCCCUGGUCGAUUAUCCAUACUUAAUAAUAGAAAUAUAUCACAUGAAUGAAAAUGAAACACAGUAUUGAAAUAGACUCUUAAUGUGACGAAUGAAUGACUGAUGAUGACAAUGAGGGGGAAAGAUUGACAUGGAUAAUAACAAAGAAAACGGUACUUAUGUGUGAUGUGAUGAUGAAACAAAUGUGAUAAUCUAUUUAUAAAUGUGUAAUUCUAAUAAUAAUACUUCAUCAAAAAAUCGGAUCUAACAACAAACAAUAUCGAUUUACACAUUAUUUUAUUUACGAAGAAUUUUAUUUUGAUAUUUAUCAUCCUAAAAAUAAGGGUAUUUUAGCUAUUUAUAUCUAAAAUUCACCGGAAAAAAGUCUCAAUGUGCGUAGUUUAGCCAGUGGCCGCGGAAGAAAGUGUGGGGACAGAGGGACACAUAUGUCCCCACAGUUAUUCGAUGUCCCUGUCAUCUCCCCAUGUUAUACAAACCCAUCCCUCCCCCAUCCUACAAUGUUAGCGUCCCCCGAUGUCCCCACGGCUUCCGCGGCCACUGAGUUUAGCUGAUUGAUGUUCAUUCUCUCUCUCUAAAUAUCUGUCAUAUCAAAUCUCGUCAUAAAUUCUAGUGACCAAAAAAAAUGGUCAUUGUCAUCUCUCUCUUGUAAACUGUUUGUUACAUACAUAAAAUGAGCUCAGAGUGGAAUAUCAGUGUAAUAUUUACCAUGUAAUAUUUACUCAAAGAAAGCAUAUUUAAGCAUAAAAUUUACCUGAAUAACAAGUAAGUAAGUAAAUAAAAUUUCUUAUGUGUUUUAAAAAAACUGUGUGUUGCUCCACUUUCUCUGAAUCGAGCUAUCUAUCUAAAAAUAUAUUUAGAAAGUAGGUAAAUAACUAUAAAUAUUUUAUAAAUGAAAUGAUUAAAUGUUUGGAAUAAAUAAAAAUUA